CUCGUUAGUAUAGUUUUGCACGGGCCAUCGAUCGGUUUAGUUUACGCGCAGUCAGUCCUCUUUCGGCCAGUAAGUUUGUCCGGGCGCGCGCGCGCACGCCGUGUGUGUGAAAAAGCACGAUCAUCACCCGCACGAUCUGCUGAUGUUCACUUUUGCUGGAGCGCUUGAGAGAGAUUGUCCAAGCGUACUACAGCGCAUUACCAGAUUAAGCCUUCCGCCGGAGACCAAUGAACGCGGCGCGGCGACUGUUGUUGCUGUUGAAUUCACCGUGCAGCUUCACGCUUUCGGAUAAAUAGGGAUUUAGUUGCGCGGCCGUUGUGAGUUGUUAAAUCCUCAAAUUGAUCGGGCUUUUAAAAAGACGUGCGACGGACGUCUUGGCGGGCGUCGGUACUGGCUGGCGGUGGCGGUUAUUGUGGCUGCUCAAUUCAAAACCGAAGGAAAUAGAAGCAAUCAAGGUGCGCUGCUGCGCACACACGCACGGAUUUUAAAAGCUCUCUUCCUGUGCUGCAGCUAGGAGCUGAGAGAGAGACCGAGAGCUGUUAUUAAGCCAGGAGCAGCGAGCAACUUAUGCGUGUUUUGGGUUCGGAUUGCAAUUAACCGAUUCCGCCGACGACUGUUGUGGCAUUGUUUGCAAAUUUGACCUGGCUUCCCCUCCUGUAGAGUGCGCUGGAAGGACGCAUUCCAGCCGCUGGUGAAUGACCAUUAAACUCCCGAAAAGAAGCAUGAACUGGUGAAAAUAGUGUCCCAUAAUGAAGGUGUGAUGAACUCACACGAAAAGUAAAAGUGAAACGCAGCAAUGGCAACGACAAACCGUACUCGUAAAAAUAUUCUCACGCUAAACGGUGUCAACGGGUUCAAUGGGGUGCAUUUGAGCCAUCAUCAUCAGCACAGCAAUGGAUACCACCACUUGCACCACCAACCCCAGUUGGCCCAACCUCAACAUCCGCUUCAGCAGCAGCAGGAUACAGGAAACGCCGUAGUCGAAGGACUUCCGAAGCCCUUCGUGUCGGCGAUGCGCACCCUGUUCGAUAUUAUGGACGAUGACAAAACCGGUUUGGUGAAGCUGGCCGACAUCGAAGAUCGCUGGCAGGACGAUGGCUCCAAGGGUCUGCCACGAGGCGUAAUUGAUAGCUUGCGCAAGGUCACGCCCCCUAAUGGGCUGCUCUCGUUCGAACGUUUCUGCAGUGGACUCAAGAUUUGCUUGGUGCGCAACCAAACCGAAACACCAAGCAGAACCGGUCGAUUCUCCAAAGAGUCAGAAAAGUUGCCUCUCUCGCCGACCAAGCUCUCCGUUCGGCCACCAUCCGCCCCCUUACUCGACCUGGACAGCAUAUCGAAGCCGUCGUGGACGAGCAACAGCACCAACACUGCAACCGUCCGGCCAAACAAUGCCAUGCCUGCGCAGAAAACGCUCAGCAUGCCGCAGCUCAACCCGGACAGUGACCUAGAUCUUGAAUCACCGCCAAUUAUCCUGCCGGGCACUUACGGCCCUCCUAAACCCCCGCGAGUCGCCCUAAACCUCGAACGUCUUCCCAACCCAACGCAACCCAUGUCCCAAUCCAUAGACAAGGCGGAAAUUCGCAACGCCCUGCAGAACUGGCAGAUGUCCCUGCUCAUGAAUGAAACGGACAAACUGGACCAGAACAAGACUCAUCUACGGUUAGCUCGCGGGCCGGCUGACGGCCAGAUUGACCUGUCCAACACGACUUCGAGUUCAUCGCCUUCGUUCACGCCAACCGGUCUGUACCAGAAGAAGGGUGGCGGGAAUGGCAACGGCAGACGGCGGGAACCACGAAGACAUACGCUGCAGAAUGGCGUCGAUUACAAUAUGCUCAAGCGGUUGAAGCAGAUCGAACAGGAGAAGGAUAUCUUGCUGCAGGGACUGACGGCGGUGGAGAAGGCUCGUGAUUGGUACCUGAAACAGCUGGGCAAUGUGCAGGAGCGGAUCAAGUACCUGGGACGGUCCGGAGCGCAUAUGGAAACCUGGACCGACACGCACCAGGAACGAUUGGACCUACAACGUGCCCGCGUUUUAGAAGUCAACCGACACCUGAUGACCCUAGCCGAAAGUUGGGAACGUGGAGGCUUCCCAAUGCACAUGAACCUUGCCCUUCGACCGGCGGGAACCAUGUCCUACCACCACCCAACGCAGCAGCAACAACGAGCACAACAAACUCAACAAAGUGCGAUCAAUGCAUCCGGUGCCCCUGGAAACCAACAGACCGAGAUGGUCAACCGACUGAAGCAGCAAAACGUUCAACUCUCCGAGGAAGUUAACCAGAAGAACGAGAAGCUUUCGCUUCUAGAACGGGAAAAGUCUUCGCUGAUACGGGAACUGUUACAGCUACAGCGAGCGACCCGAGCCAGUAGCAUGACAUCGAACACCGAGGAGUUGGUGUUUUGAUUAGAUGGCUGAUGCUAUGCCAUUACAGAUUUCUUCAUGCUUUUCCCAGUUACAAUAAUCGCGCUAGUCAAAAGUUAGCAGAUUUCCAAACAACAAUUUGUAAAAAAAAUAAUAUCUGAGUAACGUCUCCUUGAGGAUGCGUUAUGGAUAGGUAAGUGGGUAAGCAGCACAACUAUUUCAAUGUGAUGAUUUAAGGUGUUAUUUGUGUCGAAAUUUUUCAAUCGUUUUUAAAUUGUUCUGAGAGUAAAGAUUUUUUUUAAUGUAAAUAAUC